AAAUAUGCAAACCUAUCUUUUAAAGUAUGUCAUCUAAAUAUAUUCAAACAAAUUAACUUGUUCUUACAUUCUCCCAAAUAUAUUUGUUGUUUUCUCGCUUUUGUUAUGGCUGGGGAGAUAGAAAUAAAGGAAAUAUACGAAAAUGGCAUGAAGAUAUUGGAAGAUUUAACCAACAAUGCUCAUGAACUACAAGAACAGAUGUUGGAGGAGAUACUAAGGAGAAAUGCAGGAACAGAAUAUCUAAGCAGAUUCUUCCCCAGUGGCCAAGCAGACAAGCUAAACUUCAAAACAAAUGUUCCUAUUGUUACUUAUGAAGAUACCAAGCCUUACAUAGAUCGGAUUGCCAAUGGAGAGACCUCGUCGAUCCUUUUUGCUGAUCCCAUCAUCCAAUUCAUCCGAAGCUCUGGUACUUCUGGGGGGCAGCAGAAGCUAAUACCUAUCACAGCUGAAAGUUUUGAGAAAGGGAAGUAUCAUCUUUUUCUGGUUGACAUUGUGACGAAAAAAUGUUUUAGUGGCUCAGACGAAGGCAAAUCAUUGUCCCUAUAUUUUAGCAAACCAGAAAUAGAAACUCCAUCUGGAAUAGUGGCAUCACCCUACUUAACAUUCUAUUCCAAGACCGACAUCUUCCAAAGUAACCUGGCUAAGUUUUGCACAAGUCCUGUUGAGACCAUCUUAUGCUUGGACAACAAGCAAAGUAUGUUCUGCCAAUUGCUUACCGGUUUACUACAGCGCGACGAGGUCGUACAGCUCAGUUCGAUCUUUGCAUCGGUUUUGGCAAGGGCCACCAAGUUCUUAGAAGAUUAUUGGAGAGAAUUAUGUUGCAACAUUAGAACAGGUUACCUCAGUGACUGGAUUAUUGACCCUGGUUGCAAAAAUGCCAUGUCAUUGAUCCUUACUGGGCCAAAUCCUGAAUUGGCUGAUUUGAUUCAACAAAUAUGUGAAGAUAAAUCUUGGGAAGGGGUCAUUAAGAAACUUUGGCCUAAAAUCAAGUAUAUUAGUUCCAUCUGUACAGGUAGCAUGAGCCAAUAUAUUUCAUUACUUGAAUUUUAUGGAGGUGGGAUCCCUUUAGUUUCACCAAGUUAUGUUUCUUCGGAAGCUUGUUUUGGGAUCAAUUUACAACCCCUAAGCAAGCCCUUUGACGUCUCUUACACCUUUCUCCCAAAUACGGCCUAUUUUGAAUUUCUCCCUGUGAACAAAGAUGGUGGUGGAAAGGCACAAGAAACUAGGACUAUGGACAAACCAGUCGAUCUUGCGAAUGUGAAGCUUGGUCAAUAUUACGAAGUUGUUGUAACAACUUUGGCAGGUCUAUAUCGGUACAGAGUCGGGGAUGUUCUGAAGGUGACCGGAUUCUAUAAUAAAUCUCCACAGUUUCAAUUUGUAGAACGACAGAAUGUGGUUUUGAGUAUAGAUACAGAAAAAACAACUGAAGAAGACCUUUCGAAAGCAAUCACGAAUGCAAAACUCAUCCUCGAACCAUUUGGCAUCAUGUUGACAGCAUACAGUAGCUAUCCCGACACCUCGUCGAUACCGGGUCGAUAUGUAUUAUUUUGGGAGCUGAAGAUGAAAGGCAGCAAUGAUUUACCAAAACUUGAUGCCAAGAUAAUGGAAGAAUGCUGCUGUAUAGUGGAAGAAUCCUUUGGUUUUACAUAUAAAGCACUUAGGAAAGGUGGUGCAAUUUCAGCUUUAGAGCUAAAGGUGGUUAAACAUGGAAGCUUUGAUGAACUCAUGGAUUUCUAUAUAUCAAAGGGAGCUUCCAUUACCCAAUACAAGCCUCCUUGUUGCCUUAAAUCUGAGGAUGCCAUAAAGAUAUUGAAUUCAGCGAUGGUGGGGAAGUUUUUCAGCCCCAAAACUAUGUUUCUAUCUGCAUUGUCUGAGGGUUAAUCAAGCAUUGUGGAGGCAAUCCUGCAAGGUGGAAUUGCAGGCAUGGACUUGACAAAGGAUCUUUUCAUGAAUAAACAAUUCACCAAGCCUAUAGUUUAUGUAUUAUUUACUUUAUUUUAGUAUUAGUACAUUUGACUCUUUCUUUUCCUAUUAUUAUCUAAGACUUUGGUAUUCGAUUGGGUCAUUAGACUCAAAACUUAAUAACAGAAUGUUGGAAGGAGGAGAAAGAGAAAUAAUUUCUAAUUGAAA